GAACCCUCCCUGGGGGAGGUUGAUGAGGGCUGAGGAUGAACACCGGGCUGCUGACUUAAAGCUGUGGUGAUCUGGGGAGUCCCCCUCCAGUGCUCCUUAGGGAAUGCCUAAGGCAGUAGGGAGCUGUGUGUUUGAGGGACCCCUGGGCCGGCAGGACCAGAAUGGGGGCUCCCCACCAGUCAGCUGCAGCAGUCAUGCUGGAAAGCCAAGGCCAGCACUGGCUCAGUGGCUCAGGCCCAGGGUGGCUCAGGCCCAGGGUGGCGCAGACCUGAAAGCCAGCUGGAGGCUGGAUGUGGAGGACUGCCUGCCCUGUCUGUCACCUGUGAAGGGAGCCUGGCGCAGAGAGUGCCACAGCUCACACCUGCCCGGAGGAGGCUGCUGGGCUCCGUCCACUUGCUCAGUGCUUCAGGUGCAUCACGUGGGGCCUGUUCUUGGGUGUGACCAAAAGCCAGCAGCACUCUGCCCACCGCUCAGACAACAGGUUUCCACAGUUGUUGGGACAAGUGGUGGCAGCUGCCUGGGUACACUGCAGACAAGAAGCAGAAAGAACCAGACUGGGUGGGGGAGGUAGCCCCCUGUGCCCUGCAGAGCACCUACCAGGAUACGGCCGUUUCCUCCUCCACCUGCAUCUGCCCCCAGUAACAGGUCCCAGUUCCAAGUGCCAUCCAAGAAAGGGCAUGUAGCCUUGGCUCCCGGUGGGUGAGCCUUGAGUCACGUUAGGCUGACCCAGGCUUCCUUCAUGAACCGGUGAACUGCAGGGGCGUCAGAGCUGGGAAGUCCUCCACUACGAGAGAAGGGGCAUUUGACCAAGCAGUGACCAAGGACAGCUGCAUGGCUGUUGGGUUUCUCCAGCGAGGAGUAGCCAACUUCCAGCUAGAGAGGUUCCAGGAGGCCCUGUCUGACUUCCACCUGGCCCUGGCACAGCUAAGGGGCAACUCUGCCAUCGACUACACGCAGCUGGGCCUGCGCUUCAGGCUGCAGGCUUGGGAGGUGCUCUUCAAUGUGGCGUCUGCACAGUGCCAGCUGGGGCUGUGGCCCCAGGCUGCUGACACGCUGAUGAAGGCCAUCUCCAAGUGGCCAGACAGGGCCCAGGACGGCCUGGACACUGCUCUGGACCAAGUGCGGAAACGGGUCACCCUGCAGCCCCGUCAGGUCCCUGGGGGCGAGGUGUUCCGGCCCCCGCGGCGGCACCUGGAGCACCUGGAACCAGUGGACUUCCUGGGCGCGGCCAAGGUGGUAGCGCCUGCCAUACCCAGUGACCAGCACUCAGGUGUCCAGCCUCAGCAGAGACCUCCACCCACGGGGAGUGGUCCUGAGGGCAGGCUGCUCUGUGGAAGGAGCCGGAGCAUGGCCUUCGUCCCUCAAGGGCUGCCGGCAUCUCGGGGGCCUGGCCCUGGCCCUUGCGAGGACCCCUCAGGUGCUGGGGGAACAGCUGCAGAGGCCCCCGAGCCCUCUGUGACUCUCACCGUGCAGUGCGCCUUCACUGUGGCCCUCAAGGCUCCAAGAGGAGCUGAGCUGGCCCACCUGCGGACACUGCUGGCUCAGGCCCUCCCCCACCAGGCCCAGCAGGGGCAGUUCAGUUACCGAGCCCCUGGCGAUGCUGGGCUCUGGACUCCGCUCCCUGGGGAGGAGCAGCUGCAGAGAGCCUGGAGGGACACAGCCCAGGGCCCCCGGGGGCUGCAGCUUCAGUGCCGGGGGGCCGCUGGCCAUCCAGUCCUCCGCCAGGUGGUGGCGCAGCAUGACUACUUGGCCCAGGGGCCAGAGGACCUGCCCCUCCGUCGCGGGGACAUGGUGGACGUCCUGUGUGAAGUGGACGAGGCGUGGCUGGAGGGCCACCUGGAUGGCCAAAUUGGCAUUUUCCCCAAGUGCUUUGUGGUUGCAGCCGGCGCCUGUGAGGAGCCCCUACCCGGCCCUGGACCCCAGGCCCAAGCAGUCCAAGGAAAGCUUGAAUAAAACUGUU